AAAAAAACUAUAUAUAUUAUGAGGUAUAAUAUCACUUCCUGCCUCAAACAAUCGUCUAUCAAGAGAGCAAAAAGCUCAUUUAACUUGCAGAUCUUCAAUGGAGAGUAACGCCAGUUCAUCUUCCGCGUGGGAGGAAGUGGAGGAGCUGUAUGGAGCAGAAUCAGGAUGGGUGGAGGCGCGAAAGUCAUGUGAUCAUCUACCAUCUUUGUCUUCCGAUCUCAGCCACAUUCCCGGCCCCGAUUCCCAUUGCAGCAGAUGCCAGCAUCCUGCAGAGAAUUGGUUGUGCCUGACCUGUAAAGAUGUCUUGUGCAGCCGCUUCAUCAAUAAACACAUGCUCAAUCAUCAUCAGGAGACUGGCCAUUGCUUGGCUCUAAGCUUCAGUGAUUUGUCAGUAUGGUGCUUUGCUUGUGAUGCAUAUCUGGAUGUUCAAAUGAUCCAGCAGCUGCAACCAGUUUAUCAAGUUGCCCAUCUGUUAAAAUUUGGACAGAUACCUCCUUUUCAGGCCAUUAAUGGCAAUGAAGGGUCCUUUUCUAGUUAGAAGGGAUUGAAGAGGGGCGAGUUCUGUAGAAAUUGGUCUUUAAUAUUUAUGGAAAGUGUUCCAGCGCUUGGGUUUUGAGAAUGAGAGGACAACUGAUCUUUGAAUAUUCGUGUAUUUCAUGGAAUUAAUUGAAAGCUUGGUGAUGUGGAUGUUUAUGAAACUUAUAUAAAACUAGAUAAAUGUUACAUGCUGCUAUGAUGUAAUGCUGUUGUGAUGCAUAAAUAUAACAUAAUUCUUUGCAAAA